UUGUCUGAAACUUAAUUCACUUUAUCCGGGCGAUCGUGAGGAGACAUCAACUGUGACAGCAUGAGGGAAGUUUCACUUCACGUGCUUUCAGGGGUCGCGGGAUCAUCACGUGCUUCGUUAGGCUUGUGCGACCUUUGUUUGUCGCACAAGCAAACAUUCGAAAAGAUGAUUCGUAAUUUUGCCGUUGUUCUUCGAGAGUUUGUCAUUCGUCCCAUCUUGAGUCAAAUCUCGUUCUGCUCAUCAAAACCACUCUAGACGUUCUCUCCUCACGGUUUAGAAGAAAGCCCAAGUUGAUCAUGGCGAAUCAAAACCCCCUGGAAAUUGCCAGCGGUCUCGGCACGCUCAACACACUCCCCCCCGAAUUGCGAACACACAUUUGGAAUUUCGUUCUGUGCUUCAACGAUUCGUCCGCCUUCAAAUAUCCACGAAGGAUCCCAAGCUACCGCACAGCUUUACUACAGACUUCCAAACCUAUCCAUGCCGAAACGAAGAAUAUCCUCUGGCGGAUCAACGACUUCGAGCUAUUGCUCUAUGACGAAGAUACUGCAGAUGCAGAUGCAAAUGCAACAUGGGUUGUGAUUUGGAAGCUCAAGUAUGCCGACUUGGACAGCGAAGCCGGGCUUGUGGCGGAACUCGACGUUGGAGCUGCUUUCAUCCACGGAAUGGAGUUAAUAACCCACGAAUUAUGAAACGUUCACGUGGUUAUAGGGGCCGAUAUAGGCUUAUACCCUGGUGUCUACGAGUAC